ACACAAUUGUAUUUAUAACUUUAAUUCACUCCUUCUUUAUUUGUUAUAUUUUUAAUCACAUUUUUAUUAUUCUUUAAUAUGAUGAUAAUAUGAUUUUUCAUCCACACCUUUAAAUUUUACCUAAUUUAAUGAUAAUAUUUGAUAUUACAGAUUUGAUUAAAUGAUUUAGAAUGGAGAGCUUUAUGUAACUUAUAUAACAGAAUCUAUUCAGUUGAUUUGAAGGUUAUUAAAAUGGCAACGACACUAGGUGCUCCCUGGGUGGAGAAGUAUAGGCCGGAGACUCUACAAGAUAUAAUUUCUCACGAGGACAUAAUGUCUACGCUUAUGAUUUUCGCUGAAAAAGGACAGCUUCCACACUUACUAUUUCAUGGUCCUCCAGGUUCUGGAAAGACUUCUACAAUACUGGCUAUAUCUCGCUAUUUGUAUGGAAGUCAACGUAAUGGGUUUGUGCUAGAGUUAAAUGCCUCAGAUGAGAGGGGAAUCGACACGGUUCGUGACCAGAUAAAGGCAUUUUCUGAAACUUCAAACACUUUUACAAGCACAAUGCCAGUUGAUGAUCCACCAAGAACUAACUUAAAGCUAAUAAUACUGGAUGAAGCUGACCAGAUGACAAAUGCUGCCCAGAACGCACUAAGGAGAAUCAUGGAAAUAUACUCAAAUAAUGUUAGGUUUUGCCUGAUUUGCAACUUCAUGAAUAAGAUAAUACCCCCAAUUCAGUCAAGGUGUACUGGAUUCAGGUUUCAGCCGUUAAAGUCUGACGUCGUUCGUGAACGUAUACGGGAAAUUGCUAAACUUGAAAACGUAAAAAUCACUGACUGUGCACUGGAUGCCCUUGUAGAAAUAGGCCAAGGAGAUAUGCGUAGGGUACUAAACUGUCUCCAAGUGACUUCAAUGUCACACGCCAAAGGAGCUGAUUUCACUAUAGAUGCAAAUCUAAUACUUGCAACUUCUGGACUACCACAGAGUAGUGAAAUUGACCAUUUGCUUAAGAGUCUCAUGCAGAACUCAUUUAAGGAGUGCAUAUACGAGUUGAGUGUUUUACACCAUAAAAAGGGCUAUUCACUUGAGGACAUUGUCAGGUUACUUUACAAAUCCAUUGUUAAAAUCGACUGGCCCAAUGUACCUAUUGUUCAACUUUUAAUUAGGCUCGCGGAUGUCGAGGAAAGACUGGCAGCUGGAGCCAACUCUAACAUCCAAAUCGCCUCCAUAGUUAGCGCAUUUCAAGAGUCAAGAUACGAAAUUGAACGCAUUAAAUUCGAUCUUAAUAUUAACUAA